GCCACAGUCAGGUAUCUACCGCUGUCUGCUUUCUAGUGUAGACCGUAUGUGGAAAAUUCUGUGAUGUCAGAGUUUCACGUCAUAAAUAUUUUGCACAAAGUGCCAUGUGCUCAGUUUGACCAUCUGACAGUGUGGCAAGAGGAGACAUGUUAUACACAGACCUCAGACUGAAGAUGAUGAUGCUGAUGUGGAUUACAGCGAUGCUUUUUAAUAAAAUUGCAGAUUCUACACAGAGAGAGGGCGUCAAUCAACCGAACACAAUGAUCACUGCUGAUGUGGGUGAGAACGUAACUCUGCACUGCUUUCGACCGGGAGAGGAAAAUACCUAUUCCAUCGUCUGGUACAAACAAAAAGUCGGUCACGAACCUCGUGUAAUGGUCUUAGUUCACCAUGAACCCAAAUAUGAGAAAGAAUUCAGUCCACCAAAAUUCAGUAUUGAGAAAGAAAUAAAAGAAAAAGGCUUCCAUUUGAAAAUUGCCAACGUGGAACCAUCAGAUGAAGCCAUGUAUUUUUGUGGAUUUAGAGACUUUUUAAUAAGAUUUGGAAAGGGAACAUUUUUAGCAGUGAAAGGUGAUGGAGAUGUAAAAGUGUCAGUGUUCCAGAGCGGCGUGUCGGACUCGGUUCCUGCAGGAGCGUCAGUGACUCUGCAGUGCUCGGUUCUCUCUGAGAGCAGAUCAGCAGAACUCCAAGUGCUCUGGUUCAGAGCUGCUCCACCACAAUCCCAUCCUCAAAUCAUUUACACUCAUCACAACAGCAGCCAUCACUGUGAGAGCGGCUCUUCUACACACACCUGUGUGUACAACUUCUCCAAGAACAUCCUCAGCCUCAAUGAUACUGGAACUUACUACUGCGCUGUGGCCGUGUGUGGGAAGAUCAUUUUUGGGAACGGGACACGAGUACAGUUCGAGAGAUCUGGGGAUCCUGUGGUGAUCUACCUCGCUGUAGCUUUGGGAGUGUGUGUGGUCGUGAUCUUUGCUUUGAUCUUUGUCAUAACCUGUGGACGGAGACACUUUGAACAACACAGGGUGAGACGCAAACAAGGUUCUGUGACGGACAAGACCCUCAGUCAGGACUGUGACAAUGUGGAGCUGAAUUACGCUGCCUUACAUUUCAAUGAGAGGAGAGCCAAAAGAGGACGAGUGAAGAAAGAACAACCUCAAGACGUUAUAUAUUCUGAUGUGCGAGGUCGUUCUAUAACGUAGAUUUGAUCUCUAAUCUGAUUCAGUGUCAUUAGUUCUGUUAUCAGGUUUCAUUUGUACUGUUGUGGAUAAAAAUGACCUGAAAUAAACAUGAGGGAGACCUAGUAUGAGUAAUAUGUAAUUUUAUUGAUAAUUCACAGGACUGGUGGGUGCGUAAUCUUGAGGAGAGCGGUAGGGGGAAGAAAAUGGGGUGUGUCCUGGGGACAUGGGAUAGUCAGCAAAGGUGAAAUAAGGAGACCACUGAGAGUACGGCGGACUGACAGGUGAGAAGAGGGAAGAAUGGUCAGAGCCCAGAUCAGAGUAGGUGACAUCAUCCUCAGACUGAAAGCUGGAGGGAGGGUCUGUCUGUGUAGAGGCGUCAAUACACACAUUCACGGGGUGGAUUCUGUAUCUGGGGGG